AUGGCAGAGGGAGACAAGAAGAAGGUGGCCAAGAAGGCUCACUGCAGCCGGAACCCUGUCCUGGCCAGGGGCAUCGGUCGCUACUCCCGCUCCGCCAUGUAUUCCCGCAGGGCCAUGUACAAGAGGAAGACCAAGACCACUGAGACCAAGGUGAGAGAGGGGAGGCACACAGACUGGGGGAAGCCGUCACUUUUGUUCUCUAGAUUGGAACUGUUAGACUUGUUUGGACCCCAGGAAGAGUACAUGCUGCCUUGGUAGCAGCUAAUGGGGAUCCCUAAUAAAUACAAACAGGUUCAGGGUUUAUUAAAAACUAGAUGAUGGUUAAUGUCGUAUAAUUUAUUUGUGUAGUGUACUGAAAGCUUCAACAUGUGAUGUCGGUGACUGCUUGUUUUAGAUUGAGAAGAAGCUGAAGGUCAAGACCCCAUCCACCAUCACCAAGACUGUCGGCGGUGACAAAAAUGGAGGCACUCGUGUUGUCAAGAUGCGCAAGAUGGUGAGUCUUUCGCUCAGACUCAAACAUUGUUUCCCAAAUUGUGGUUGGCAUAAAGUUUCUCAUGGAUCGUUGUAACCAUCGCUGGAUUUUAUAGCUCACAACCACAUUCAGCAGAUGAAGAUGCCGGUGUGAGACACAGCUUUUAUCUGUUGUAUACAUAAAAAUGCUGAUUUUUACUUUUCAUUAGUUCGAUAUACUACAUACAGUAAGGUCUGGUAGUGAGAUGUGGCGUUCAAUAAUUAUACACUUGUGAAGUCGUGUGUUUGAUCCCUUGACUCAUGUUUGCCCAAAGCCCCGUUACUACCCCACAGAGGAUGUGGCCCGUAAACUGAAGAACCAUGGGAAGAAGCCCUUCAGCCAGCACAAGAGGAACCUGCGUGCCACCAUCACCCCAGGAACCGUGCUUGUACUGCUCACUGGACGCCACCGCGGAAAGGUGAGAUCGCAUGCAUUAAUACUCAUGCAUGCGCACACACUCAUGUGUAAUGGAGUUGGAUCAUACCAUAACCUCACUCCAGCCACACCACCUUAAACUGUCCUUGUCCUGAUAACUGGAUGCCAGUGCAGGAAGGUGAGGACCCUCAUGGCCACACAUGACACUGCUCUCAAUCAUAAAUAUCUAUUGCUUUCACACGCUCAGGCUUACUCGCUGUAUAAUUAUUUUGCAACCUAUAAUAUUGCAGAGAUUGUGUGCUGUGCAUAUGAAUUUAAACACCCUUGAUGCACUGCAGCCAUUUUUUGCCCUACAUGUGAUAAGCUGCCUGAUACUCCCACACUGACAAAUCAGUUCACCUCUUGCCCACACAUAGAAACACACACAUAUACAAGCCUCACACAGGCAUACUGCUGGCAUACUACAGUAGUUCCCACACACAGGACUGCGCCCACACACUGAAUUCACCCAGCAGGUCCUGCUGCUAUGGUGUCAGCUUUGAAGUGCGGCUCAAUUGCCAGAGGACACUUGCAGCAUUGUAUUGGGAGCACAUAAAUGUGUAAAGUGGAAGAUUUCAUUAAACUCAAGUUGAUGAACAGAUUGUUUAAAGAUUUAUGUAAUGCGUUUCCCUAUACAUUUAAAUUGGCAUUGGCCUAGUACAAUUGUUUGUACUAUUUUUGUUUUGUUACUGUAACAAAGUCGAGGGUGAUAAAUGGAUCAGCUCUAUAUUCUAAUAGAAAGGUUUGAUGGUUUCAGCUGUGGCACUAUUCCUUUACCCCUUGGUUUUACCAGUAAGAAAGAAUCCGGUGUGUUUGCGCUAGGCUGGAACUAAAGCCUGUAUAUCCUGUAGUUUCAGGAUCAGGGUUGGUGAUCACUACUGUAGCAUGUACAUGUGGUAGAUGUCCUGUGCAAUCCAGUGACUGGCUCUUCUCUCUCUCCCUUCAGCGUGUUGUGUUCCUGAAGCAGCUCUCUAGUGGUCUUCUGCUUGUAACUGGUAAGAACAACCAGUGGUUUCUUUGAAAUAUUCUUGUCACGGUGAAUUGGCAAAACAAGUGUUGCAUAAAGUAGUUAAUUUCAGAAUGUCCAGUGAGAUUUUAUUUCACAUUCAUGUCUGUGCAGCUGCAGUACCUCAUCAGGUAUCCAUCCUACCUUGAUGUGAUGUUUUGAAAAGUAUGCUCUUCUUGCCAUUUCAGUUGUAACUCAAUCCCCCUCUUGCUCUCUCCAUCCUCUAGGUCCCCUGGCCCUGAAUCGUGUCCCCCUUCGCAGGGCACACCAAAAGUUUGUCAUCGCUACAGCAACCAAGGUCGACAUCUCUGGCAUGAAGAUCCCCAAGACUCUGUCAGACGCCUACUUCAAGAAGAAGAGACUGAGGAGACCCCGCCACCAGGAGGGAGAGAUCUUUGACACAGAGAAAGAGGUAAAUCCCACACUACUAGACAUACACAACCUAUACACACUUGCAAACCCUUCUGGGAUUUACAGACUAGUGGGAGGGAGUAGUAGUAGUGGUGAGGGGUGACUUGAGUUGUCAUUGGACUGGUAGCGUACAAGCAGUGUGCACAUACUAAAUCGGGGUAGGCAACUAGAUUCAGAUGCGGGCCGAUUUGUCAGAGCGGAUGGUCGACGGGUCGUAACAUAGUGAUAAUAAUUUGUACACUGCAAAUUGACCACAACUAAGCCCAAAAAGGAGAUUGUAUUUGAAAAUAACAAUUUCAUACCUUGAUUACAUUGAGACAGUCACAUUUGUUUAUUAAAAAAAAUGGUAUUUGUGGGAAUACUUGGUGAACAGAUUUCCUAAAUAUAACACAUUUUUAGCUUGGUUCCUGGUGAUUUUAGUAUUUUUACAUGCGAACUGGUUUUGGCCUGCGGACCGCCUGUUGCCGACCCCUGUACUAGAUGCACAACACAUGUAUAAAUCCUAAUCCCUCAUUCCUUAGAAUGUUAUUUGGAGAAUGCAGUCAGUUUAUACUGACUGCUCAAAUAUUUCACUUGGGAGGGGGUCUUUUGUUCAAUAAAUGGAUGACUACUCUUUCCUCUUUGGUUGUGGCAAAAAAAAACUAGGUUGUGACUAGAACAUGCUUUUCAUUGGUAGGCAACAACCUAAAGUCUAUCUCUUACCUCUCUCUCUUCUCUUCCCCCGCUACAGAAGUACCAGUUGACAGAGCAGAGGAAAGAGGACCAGAAGACUGUAGACUCUCAGCUGCUGCCCCUCAUUAAGAAGGUUCCCCAGCUGAAGGGCUACCUGCGCUCCUCUUUCUGCCUCUCCAACGGGGUCUACCCUCACAAACUGGUUUUCUAAAUGUUUUAAUAAAGAGUACCACCACAGUCCUAUCCCA